AUGCCGUCGACGACAUCGUCCAAUUCUAAAAAAUCUCCAACGCUUAAGACGCUUCAAACAAAAUUGAAAUCGUAUCUCAACAUGUUUAAAGAUAUCGGUGACGGUGCGACUCGAGAAGCUAGAAGAGUUGUGGGAGAAGGUGACGUCAUCAUUGAAAUUGAAAUUCACGAGGACUUUACGGCAGAGGAUGAAACAUAUAUACAGCAGCGGUCGGAGUUUGGUAAUGAGUAUUAUGAGGUAAAAUCGGUACUGUUGGACAAGCUUAAAGAAUUGGAGGAGCAUCCGCCCAUUAAUGCUUCCCUUCGCGCCGAUGAUACGACGCAGCAACCUACCGUUGAGCAUGUUCGUCUCCCACAAAUCAAGUUACAAACUUUUGAUGGAAAUAUUGAUGAGUGGUUGAGCUUUCGGGAUCUGUACACUUCGUUAAUUCAUUGGAAGGCUGAUUUACCCGAUGUUGAGAAGUUUCAUUAUCUUAAGGGAUGUUUGGCUGGCGAGGCGAAGGCGCUGAUAGACCCACUUUCUAUAACUAGGGCAAAUUAUCAAAUUGCAUGGGAUACGCUUACGAAGCGGUAUAAUGACAGCAAAUUUCUCAAACGAAGGCAGGUGCAAGCACUUUUUAAGCUACCAUCGUUAACGAGGGAAUCUUCCGCCGAGUUGCAAGCCUUGUUGGAAGGGUUUGAACGGGUCGUACAGACAUUGGAUCAGCUUAUUCAACCAGUAGAUUACAAGGAUAUGCUGCUGUUGGACAUUUUAUCCACACGAUUAGACAAUGCAACGAGACGGGCCUGGGAUGAAUAUUCCUCAACGAAGGAGAAUGACACGGUGAAAGAUUUAACUGAGUUUCUGCAAAGAAGAGUACGAGUCCUUGGUGCAUUACAAACGAAGCCCACGGAAACUAAGGCAGAGUUUUCGCGGCAGUUCAGGAAGGUUUUGAAUCCACCUCGUCAUAGCCACAACGUAACUCAAAAUACGACUGAGAAAUGUGUGGCGUGUUCAGAGUCUCAUCUGUUGUAUCAAUGCUCAGCGUUUCAGCGGCUAACGGUUUCCGCUCGGGAUAAAUUAAUUCGUACGCACUCUCUGUGUAGAAAUUGUUUUAAAAGAGGGCAUAAGGCCCUGGAGUGUCCAUCAAAAUACGUAUGCCGCAUCUGCAAGGAAAGGCAUCACACCUUGGUGUGUUUCAGAGCUGAAAGCAAUCAUGCUGCUAAGGAAAGAGUGGGCAAGGAUAGUGGUACAACUAAGGACGUGUUCACUCAGGCGGCUAGUACAUCGGUUACUCAAGUGUCUGCUAAUGUAUCGGGUCAUCGAAUAUCAUCCGUGCUGCUAGCUACAGCGGUCGUUUUGGUGGAAGACGACCAAGGCUUUCGUUUUCCAGCACGAGCCUUGCUGGUUUCCGGUUCCGAAUGCAAUUUUAUGACAGUAGGUUUGGCGCAGAAAAUGAAACUCAAAUGUCGAAGGUCCGACGUGGCAGUAUGUGGAAUUGGCGAAUCUACUUCCAGGGUAAAACAAACGACAAAUACUACCAUCAAGUCUCGAGUAUCAGAAUUCUCGCGUAGGACGGAAUUCCUACUGUUACCGAAAGUCACAGCAAAUCUCCCAACAACAAAUGUGAAUUUGGCUGGAUGGAAAAUCCCGACAGGUGUCGAACUAGCGAACCCAGCCUUUUUCGUAUCGAAGGCGGUCGACUUGGUGCUUGGCAUACAGCAUUUUUUUGCAUUUUUCAAUACCGGAAAUGAGGUUCGGUUGGGUUAA